UUAGGACUCGGCACAGGUUCAAGACCCAUCAACGUUGACGCGUUCGUGAGACCCUGUAACAUCAUACCGUCGCUUUACUCAUUCGCAUCCGAUUAUGGUGGCUUAGCUGAUCAGGCCCGCAAACAAGACCAAUCAUUUCAAUGCGCCGAGUAGCAAAUGCAGCGCAGCGGCGGCAGCGAGCAUACUAAUCCGCGAUAAAUAACAAUGCCACCGGCGGCUACUGCCCGCAUUAUACCAGGUGCUCGGCUUCGUUAAUAUAGUUUCAGCGCAACAUUUCUUGAAAUAAGCCAAAUGCGGAGUUUGCGCAAAUGCACGACGAAUCUGGUGAUGCCAGUUUGAAUCCGAACGUAGCUGCAAGUGCUUGCUAUUCUACUCUUACAAGUUAUACGUUCACAUUGACACCCUCAAGAUUUGCGUGCUGAACAAGCUAAAAUGACGUCCAAGCGACCCCUGCAUUCAAUCCUGCUCUCGUGCGUGUGCGUAGUCGCGAUGGGCUCCUCGCAGCGUGCAAAAUUAGCUAAUCGGGAUGCCACAAUUGGCAAGAGACUCUGAAGAGUUGCGCGUCAACCGACGCGUCGUUACUUGGGUGAACAACCCCAGUCCUUCGGCAGCACCACACUGAACAGCUGGACGUGGGUACGUGCUGUACUCGAAGCGGCGUCGACAGCUGCCGCGUCCCUGGACCGGAACGAGCCCGUUGCGCUGACGUGUGGCGCGCGCCAGACCUCUCGGCAUGGCCAACGUUUCGGAGCACCGUUCGCCAGCACGGCUUAAUGCCGAGACGGGAGCUCGAGACAUGCGAGACGAACCUUUAGAUGUGCUAGUCAUUGGCGCGGGCAUCAGCGGCCUCGCAGCGGCCUCCGCCCUGCAGCGGCAUGGCUUGCGUGUUGCAGUGCUGGAGUCUCGGGCGCGCGUGGGCGGGCGAAUCCACACCGUCCAGAUUGGGCCGCACGGCCCCAGUGUCGACCUCGGCGCGGCCUGGAUUCACGGCAUUGGCAGCGCGCAGGCGCCCAACCCGCUGUUUGCGCUCGCCAGCCGCGCCGGUCUCGGAGCCGCGCCGACAGACUACGCUGACGCGGCCACCUACACCGCAGGCGGCACCCGCCUGCCGCCGUCGGCCGUCUCGGAGAUGGAAGACAUUUACAAUGCAUUCGAGCAGCAUCUGCGCUCGCUGCUGCGCUCGCCCGACCCCCAGCCGGCCCUGCAACCGCUGAGUGUGGCGCUAGACCGUUACGCCGCCUGUGCUGGCCUGAGCCCGGCGCAGCACGUGGCGUUGUCCUUCGCAGCGUCCAACCACAUGGAGCACUACUGGGCGGGCGACAUGCACAGCAUGGGCGUGGCGGCCCUGGACGAGGAGGUGCUCCCUGGCGGCGACGUGGUGUUGCCGGGCGGUUACAGUGGCCUGGUGGGCACACUGGCCGCCGGGCUGGACGUGAGGCUGGGACACCAGGUCAAACACAUCAGAUACGGAGUCGGACAUAACGAUGGCGGCGGCGGCGGCGCCUCAGGAACAGGCGCAGGCGUCGCUGUCACAGUCCACAUAGCGUCGCCGCAGCCGCUGGUGCCGAGCGAGCACCCUGGCCAUGCGCAAGCCGCGGCGGGCGUUGCGGUGGAUGGGGGCCGGCUGGUGACGCUGCACGCGCGUGCCGCGGUGGUGACACUGCCGCUGGGCGUGCUGCGGUCCGGCGGCGUGGCCUUCAGUCCGCCGCUGGGCGCCACUGACCCGGCCAAGGCGGCGGCCAUUGGGGCGCUGGGCACCGCAGUGUACAACAAGGUGAUCAUGUACUUUGACCCCGCUGACGUGUUCUGGGACAACACCGCCUUCAUCUACCGCAUGCCCCGACCCCACGAGGCCGGCCGCUGGAGCUACUUCCUCAACCUGCACAAGGUGACGGGGGCGCCCGUCCUCAUCGCCUUCAACCUUGGCGAGGAGGCCGCGGCGCUGGAGGCGCUGUCUGAUGAGGCGGCGGUGUCUGGCGCAUUGGCGGCACUGGCGGGCGUGUACGGACCCAGCCGCGUGCGGCGGCCGUGGGCGGCGCUGGUCACGCGCUGGGGCAGCGACCCGCACUCGCGCAUGUCGUACACCUACAUCCCCGCCGGCGUCACCACCGCCGCCCUGGACGACUUGGCGCGCCCCGUGGCCGGCCGCCUGUUCUUCGCCGGCGAGGCCACCCACCGCGCACACUACGGCACCGCGCACGGCGCGUACGACAGCGGCUUGCGCGCUGCCGCCGCCCUGCUGCAGCAGCUGGCAGCCGAGGCGGCGCAAGAGGUGGCGGGCCGGGCCGGCCAGCGGCUGCCGCUGCAGCCGCGGCUGCGGCUGUUGCCGCCCCCGCCGCCACGGCACCAGCAGCGUGAGAGGAUGGCGGCGGGCAAGGGCUCGAGCUGGGGCAAGCCGCAAACGGUGGGCGUAUUAGGACCGGACCAGUGGCUUGCGACGAGCGCAGCGGCAACCGGGGCUGUGUUGCAAGAAUCGGGCGGUGGCGCACCCGCCACCAUGGGUGUGGGAUCAAGCCCGGCUGCGGCAGCUGCCACUGCAAUGGUGUUUGCCGUGCCGCACAACGGCGGUGUGGUGCCGGCGGCGGCUAGUGGCACCAUCGGCGGCUCGGGCGAGGACAGCAGCUGCGGCCUGGCUGGCGGUGGGGCCAACGAGGGGCAGCAGGAGCAGGGAGGCAGCGAUCGGAAGCAGGAGGACGAGGAGGAGGACUAUGGCAAAGUGGGACAGGCACGCGUGCCGCCCCGUCCAGCGGCGCGCUCACGCAUGUGAUGAUCACGGCUAAUUGUUGUGCAGCAAGUCAUGUCAGCUUUGUUGACGCGUAUUAUUUACGUAAACGCAUCGAGCGCCACUGCUUGUUCGGUGAAGCGGUCAUGCCGCACGGCGCAAGUAUUGGCUGUUGAUCCGGCCCUGUGAUCCUGUUGUGCCAUUAGUGUGAACACCUGUUAUCGUCCUGCUGUUGUUGCGGAAGAUGCUCUCGACAAAGAUGCCCGAAGAGCCCUGUAUUUACCGAGCGCUCAUAAACCUGUGGUCUAUCCAGCGUCAGCCCUCUUGUACCGUUCCGGUUAUCGCCUGACUAGGCGUAGACCAAACGCAUUGUUGCUUCGUGGGAACCCGGCGAUGGCGACAGCGCCUCGGAUGCACCCGGUCGGCUGGACAGUGACAGUCCGCUGAUGUGGGUGGGCUGUACAGUGUCCUUCUUGUGAAGACGUGCCAUAAUCUGUUGUGUGAGUAUGUAUCUUUAUUGUCAAUUUUGCGAGGUUACGUGCUGCCACGGUGUGCCGCAAGUGUGACGUUUCAAGGUUAUGCCCUGUUUUGCGUGCUUGGUGUAUUGCAUGCGUGGCGGUGUGGGCACGUACCAUAGAACACAUGCGCACACAUUACGAAGAGUGUUUGUUUCCAGUGAGCAAUGCGUGCGGGUCAAAGCGAAUAUUCUGACGUCCAUACCAGCCAGGGGACCCCCUGGUCCAUACAGCUCGCGACAGGUGCCGCAUUUCUGAGCCAGAGGCGCCGGCUGAGAAUGAUGGUCCGGAUUGGAGUACAGACAAUGUGCACGCUGGCAGGCCGUCAUUGUGUGAGGUGACCCUACGUCCGGUUUGAGUCUUAACCUUGCGGUUGGGGCUGCUGCGUGAUCCCGCUGCUGCCCACGAGGCCACGGCCCCAAGCACGGCCCCUACGACCGCCCCGCACCUUG